CUGCGCAUGCCAUUCACAAAUGGCUAAGCGUCGAUCCGAGUCUCUGGUGGCAAGAAAGUCUCCCGUCUGUUUGUCGUGGUUUGUUCGCGCUCGAGGUCCCUCUGUUUUUGGCGGCUGCGACCCACUUUCUUCUGCAUCCUCCUCCUCACUCAUCCCUUCCUCUUUCACUCGCCCGCCCCCCCCCUGGCCUGUCGCCCAUUGUCAGUCGGACGAUGCCGUCACUCCUAACCGUUAACAAUAACGUGUCGCUCCUGACUGUGAACAUUGCACCGAGCACCUUCUUGGCCUCUCUUAUUCUGGCGCUGGUAUUUCUAUCCUUUUACCUCCCGACCCUGGCCUUUCGUCUGCCGGGCCUCCUCUUCCGCUCCAAGAAGGCGACGCUCGAACCCCCACCCACCGCAAACGUCGUCGGGUACACCCGCGCCCGAAAACCACUGCCCGCGGUGCCCGCCAUCGGCCCCAUCGACCUCCUCCAGGACCUGCCAUUGGUCCUGGCAGACCGCACCGCCCUGGUCCUCCACGACAUCCACCCGGACGACCAGCGCGAGCACCAGCACCGGCGCCGCCAGCGCCCGCGCUCCAGCACUAGCGGUGGCAGCAGCAGCAGCAGCAGGAAGAACGAUGGGGAUGGAUCCGACGGAUCAUUUAGACGCCUCGCUACGAGACUUCGAGCAGCCAUCCUCCCCGCCCAGCCACGGGACGGCGACGAGGUUCGCCGACCUCGCCCGGGCUCGCCCGGGCGGCGGGCCGUUGCAGCACUCGGCCUUCUCGAGUCGCCCAAGCGAGGCGGCCGACGUCGAGAGCCUGAUGACCGACAGCGUCUCGAACGGCGGCUUCAGCCCGCCCGCCUGGAGGCGCCUGGGAAACGGUGAUCGCUCGUCCGGCUUCUGGCGCACCCCCGACGCCGGCAGCGGCGGCGGCGGCGGCGGCGGCGACGCACACACGCUGACCGGCAGGAGGCUGAUGAGCCCCAUAUCGCGCGGCCUGUCGCCAGCACUGGAUCUUGACGACGAUCUGGACCUGGGACAACACGACGGCAUCGACGGGAACGAAACAGAGCUCCUCGAGCAGGCUAUCAGGACGAGGCUGCCGAUGGGGUCCAUGAGUCCCGAGAAGGGGCGGAGCCCAGAUCGGGACUUUGCCAACCACACCAACACCACGGCGACCAAGGUCGAGGAGCAGCUGCAGCAGCGCUCGCUACAUGGCAGAGCUGCCGGCCCCCACAGCUCCAACCUGCGCCCCCAAGAAGAGACUCCAGACAACUAUAUAAGAUUCGCAGUCCGCGCAGAAGUGCAACAAAAAACAGCGCCCAUUGAAAAUGCACUCAGCUUCUUUCGCGCAAGAUAUGCCGCCGCAACGGGGAGCUGGCUGCGGACGCUCCUGUCUGUGACAGCGGCACUGAUAUCAUUCGGUCUGAUGCGCUCCCUGUUCACUCCCGCCGAGCCUCGACCUGUCCCGGACCUUGUCAAGGUGGCGGGCAUCGCGCGGGCCUUUGAACCGCUGAUAUACUACUCAGAGAACGGGGCGCAGCAGGUUGGGGACCUCCAGGCCACGGGCGUCGCCGUCUGGGAUCUCGGCGAGAGCGUCCGGUCCAGCAACAUGACCUCGGCGCCAAUCAUCGUCAAGGAGCUCGACGACCUGAGUGACAGCCUCAAGACUCUGGCUGUCGAGCUGACAAAGUUCUUUGCUAAUGUGGAUGGUGAUGUUGACGGCAUCCUCAUUGUCAUGGACUGGGCACGUAGGGAGCUCACGCAGCUGAACCAGAAACCGACACAGGCCCUCAUCUCAUCGGCCUUUGACAACAUCCACAACCUUCUCUCAAACGUGGGCGUGCUGGAGAACUCGGCAGGCGAGCCGACCAAGAUGGGCUCCGUGGUGACGUCGGUCAUGGGGAUGUCGGGCCCGCAGCGGACGCGCGCGACGAUCCAGCGCACCUUCAACGAGUUCCUGGGCGUGCUCGAGGAGGCCAUCGCCAGCGAGCUGCAGCACAGCCUCGCGCUCUUUGCGCUCUUCGAGGCGGUCGACCGGCAGUUCCUCAACCUGGCGCGCGCCGUGGCGCGCGAGUCCAACGCGCAGGACGAGGAGCACGCCGACCUCCUCAGCUCGCUCUGGGCUCGCCUGCUGGGGCCCGAUGCCGGGCGGGUGCGCAAGUACGAGCGCAACGCGGUGCUGCUCCGCAACGUGCGCGACAAGACGGUGCGCAACAAGGGCGUCCUCGUCGAGCACAACCAGCGUCUGCUCGCCCUCAAGGCCAGCCUCGAGGCGCUCCGCCGCAAGCUCGUCUCGCCUUUGGUCCGCUCCGUCAACUCGUCCACCCUCUCGCUCGAGGAGCAGAUCCGCGGCCUCGAGGACGCCGGCGGCUACCUCGACGCCGUCCGCGUCCGUCAGAAGGGCAAGCUUAUGGAGAUUUUGUACGGCGGCGGCGGCGGCGCCGAGGCGGGGAGGCGCACCAUCGAGGACGAGGCCCGUGCUGGCCCGCGGUAGGAACUCGUCUAGGUCCCUCUUGAUCUGGAGGAAUGGCCCAGUCAGGCAGGAUGGGAAGGGGGCAUAGCUAUCACUCUGUGCGAAUAGCUCGUAGCGCUACUCUGCUCCAUCACUCGGGCUUCACUAGCAUCUGCUUUGUUAGUUUUUUUUUUUUUUUGGAUUCGGCGUUAGACAUGACUUUUAUUUUCUUCCAACUUCUUUUUUUUAUAUACUUAAACGGGGACUGCUUUCGGCGUCUCGCAAUAGCCACUCCCUCCACAGUCUUCUUGUAUCAUAAUCCUUGCGCUUAAUCGCUAUAGAGGCGUGAUGGGGGUUAGGCGUGUCUCGAGGAGUCUCGGGGAGUCUCGGGGAAUGGCUCUACGGUUCAGGGUUUACGAUCGUGUAUGCGUGAGAUGAAUUAAAUAGGCAGGGCAAGAGAGAGGGUGACAGGGGUUACCACUGAGGAGCAAUCAUCAAUAUCAUCGUGCAUGGUCUGUUCUUGUCAGCCGUCGAUAGUUCUCUCCUCGUUCGACGCACGCCUCUUUUGAGCCGAGAAGCGUCAGGGCUUGGAUUCCUCAGCCCUGAGAGCAACAAAAAGUGACGCCCACAUCCCACUCUCAACCCAGGCACGGUCAAUUUACAUAAUGAACAAACUUUUGGAUUCCUCUAUUAGGCUAGCCACCCAACCGAAGCAAAACCC